AUGACAUUGGUGGAAGAUUACUUAGACUUGGGACAUUGUAUUGUGAUGGAUAAUUAUUAUUAUUCACCAAAACUCUAUAUUGAACUGGUAAAACAAAAGACAGACGCAGUUGGGACUGUUCGAUUCAACCGCAGAGGUCUUUCAAUUAAUUUUCGACAUAUUAAACUUGAAAAGAAUGAGGGAAUCGUUCGAUAUUAUAAAAAAGUACUAGCUCUGAAAUGGUUGGAUAAGAAAUAUGUUAAUAUGCUCUUAACAUAUCACAAAGAUGACAUCACGAUUAUUCAUAAGAGAGGUACACAAAUUGAAAAACCAACAUGCGUGCACGAGUACAAUGUUACUAGGGGUGGGAUCGAUCUGACCGAUCAACAAAUAGCUCCUUACUGCCUUCCUCGAAAGAGAAUGAAAAAAUAUUACAAAAAAAUAUUUAUGAUUUUAUUGAAUUUAGCUAUACUGAAUUCUUAUCAUUUAUAUAAAAUACAGACUCAGCAGACAAACGAUAACAUGAUGACACAACUUCAAUUCUGUAUAGCACUUGCUCGUUCUUUAUUGAAAUACAAUUUACAUGAUCAUCUUCCAAAUCAAGUAGUUAGAAGAGGUUGA